UCUCCCCUCCCCUCCACGUCUGACGUGUAUUUUGCGCGCCUGAGAAGAGCUCCGCUGUCGGAAGGUUUUAUUUCGUUUUUGCAUUAAACUGAGCAUAAUGCCAAAAGUGAAAAGGAGUCGAAAGCCACCCCCAGAUGGAUGGGAACUAAUUGAACCCACUUUGGAUGAGCUGGAUCAAAAAAUGAGAGAAGCUGAAACUGAGCCUCAUGAAGGAAAGCGAAAGGUGGAAUCUCUUUGGCCCAUUUUCAGGCUUCAUCAUCAGCGCAGUCGCUACAUCUACGACCUUUUCUAUAAAAGGAAAGCUAUCAGCAGAGAGCUGUAUGACUACUGUAUAAAGGAGGGCUAUGCAGACAAGAAUCUGAUUGCUAAAUGGAAGAAGCAGGGCUAUGAGAACCUCUGCUGCCUGCGCUGCAUCCAAACCCGAGAUACCAACUUUGGAACGAAUUGCAUCUGCAGAGUUCCAAAAAGCAAACUGGAAGUUGGACGGAUCAUUGAAUGCACACAUUGUGGAUGCAGAGGAUGCUCUGGCUGAUCUGAAGAACGGAACUUGUUUUUUCUUUCUAUUACACAUUUGAGACCCUUCCAACUUCUAGUCUGGAACGGCAGUUGAUUUGUCACUCAUUUGAUCUGAAACACUGCUGCUCUCAUAAGGGAUCAAUAUUUUUAGCAUCCUUCUAAGUUUAAACACAGAAAUUCAGCAGAGAGCAUCAUCAGGGGCCCAUUCAGUCUAGGCGUGUGUUUUCUUCACAACUAAAGUCUUUAAAAGAAAAUCUUUAAAGCAUGUAGUUAAGAUUAGUUCCCUUGCUGGUUCCAGCUCCUUUUGCAAACUUUGAACGUAUUUUUUUUGGAUCUUUAAAAACAAUUGGAAGGGGAGUUUUUUUUUUUUUUUAAUGUUGUUAACCAUCUCUAUUUGUUUAUCUGUUGUUUCAUUUUAAAUAAAAAUUCUCUAAUUCA